CAAAAGUGUAUUCUGUUAUUCUUUACUUUAAUUUUUUCUGUCUAUAAAUUUCUGGGCACAUUAACACAGUCCCCAUAGUCAUAGCUAGCAAGUUAAAACAAUGAGCUCUAGCCAUACUCGUGUUCAGACAGCUGGGAGAUCAACUCUCCCUGAAAUCUCCCAAUACCCAAAUGUGCACAAGCUGUUUCGCAACGAAGUGAUCAGUACUACUACUAACAAUGAAGAACAGGUACAUGAAGACAAUAAUAUUGGAUCUCGUCCCAAGAAUCAUGGCCCCAAGAGCCAAACUACUCCAGCAGUACGGCUUGUAAAGAAGGUUGAAGUCUCUGAAGUACUUCAUGAAGAGACCAUUCUUGAGCAGGAUGCUGAUGGCUACCUGGAGAAGAAGCACAAGCGCUUUCUUUGCAAGUGGAAAUCCUAUAAAGAUUAUUAUUAGGUUGGGAAGGAAGUCGUGUUGGCUGUGGUUGAUUGGCAGGCAAAACUACUCUUAAGUAUAUAGUGUUACGUACCAACAUGCAUGCAUGCUUUUUAAAUAAUAUGCCUGUCUUUAAUGUCACCAAACUUUCUUCUGUUGUUGCCUGAUCAGUUGCUUCUUUAUAAUAAACGAAUUAAA